AUGAGUAUUGAUCAAUGUCCCAGUAUUGGUGUUGAAAGAGCUUAUAUGAAUAACAUUUCAUAUGCUUAUAUAGUAGGUUUUUUGAUAUAUGCUAUGGUUUGCACAAGACCCGAUGUAGCAUAUGCAUUUCUACAGGAGGGACACUACUAUUGUCAGAAUGGAAGUACUUCACAAACAAAUGUGUCAUAUGCUAUGCCUAAAAAAGACUUACUUGAAUUUGUCCUUGAUGUACUACAAAGGAGCGGCUUAGAUGAGUUAUUUGCUAAACCUAUUAAUCCAAAUGUAUGUAAAUCGUUGGAUUUUGCAACAAUAAGAGACAAAAUCAACAAGGAACAUUACAUGAGCAUGGAUGCCUUUAAGUUUGAUGUGUAUCGACUGUGUUUCAAUGCUAUGUAUUAUAAUGACAAAGACUCGGGACAUUACCGAGUGGCUGAAGCUUUACUUAGUCUUGCAAAGAGAGUUUUUGAAGAUAUAAGUGUUCCGAGCCUUCAACGAUUUCAUUCGGAAUCUUUAACUAAAAAGACACCAGGUGAAAUACCUCAAGUUAAAAAAAUGAAAAGCAUAGGGCAUGCAAGGUUUCGUCACACUCUUCCUGAAAACAAAAUUGGCACUCCUUCCACAGAACUUGAAAGAGAAAAGAGAUCACUCCUCCCAAAUAUUCCAGAAACAGAGAUCACUCCUCAAGUUGUUGAACCAUCUCUAGUACAAACAGCCAAAACACUUGAUAAUGAACAAUUUUUUACGCUUUGUCUCGGAAAUUCAUCAUCAUAUGUCUCUAACAAUGUUUCCAAAACUAAACUGAAUCCACAGGCAUCAGGAAUAAAUAUUCCUAAACAAGUAAACUCGAUUACUGGUCUUACUUCUCUUUUAAGCUGCCAAGACAGAAGAGAGUGCAACAAGAAUGGUGGCGGUAGAAAGCACAACUCCUCGAUUACAAUACCACUAUCUCUUGACAAAAAUAUGGAUUCAAGUUCAAAAGAUAUUGGUGCUGGUGCAAGUUCAAGCCAAAUGGGAGUUUGGCCUUCUAAAGCUUCAAACUUUGCAAGAACAUCUAAUAGUGCAAACAACUUUUUCUGCUCACAGCCAAAUCAGUAUGGGUAUUUUCAAGGGUUGGCACAUCCUAUGGGCCCAUUUCCUAUGUUACAACAUUCCAUAUCAUCAUCUGGUCCUAUUCCAUCUAGCAACAAUAUAAUGAGAGGAAAUAUAAACCCAUCAAAAGGGGAAGGAAAAAAGAAAGAUGGAGAGGGUACAAGUACAAAUGAUGGUGAAAUUGCAGAGCUGGACUUGGAUCUUAAGCUCUAGGUGGGUUUG